AAGUGGACAUAACCUCGCUUUUUCUUGGGGAGGGAGAAUGUGUUUGGGAUGAUAAAAUUAUCCCUUUUACUUUUUUUAGUGAAUAUUAGUGAAUAAAUUGUACAUAGAAUAGUGAAUUUAAUGGCCUACACGUGGGCGGACAAUGUCCAUACCACGGCCUUUACGCCACGUGACUAUCAAGUGGAAUUGCUUGCGGCAGCAUUUGAGGAGAAUGUUAUUGUUUGCAUUGAACAAAACUCCUCCAAAGAGUUCAUUGCCCUCAAGUUAAUACAUGAACUGGGCAAGGAUUUACGAUGCAAGGACAAUCUCAAAACGACAAUAUACUUAUCACACGGCAGAGAUGGAGUAUCCACGUACAAUCUCAUCUACCAUCUGACGGAUUUAGUGCCUCUGAAUUGCUGCACUGAGGAGAAAGAUAUCACAUGGACAAAGGAAAAUCUCCUGGGUAAGGUGGUUAUCAUCAGUCCGGAAAAAUUGCUGUCUCUAUUGAAGGCUCACGUACUCAAUAUUGAGCAAAUCAAUUUGAUUUGUGUGGAAGAUUGUCACAAAUUGAGCUUCACCGAAGAAGUUCAGGAUAUUUUUCUGAAAUUCUACGAAAAAACACAAAAUCCACCAAAGAUUCUAGGUCUAGCUGGUCCUUUUCACAAUGCUGGCUGUCCACUGGGCCGAUUAGGAGCUGAAAUUGAGUAUUUAGAGCAAUUUGUUCAUUGUAGGGCAGAAACAGCCAGUGAUAUUGUCACUCUAUUGCGCUAUUGUACGAAACCUCAUGAAAUUGUUGUGCAAUGUGCUCCGCACUCCUGUGACGAAUUAACUUGGUUUCUGGCUCAGUUGGUUCAAUCCAAAAUUGACUAUCUCACCGAUCAUCGAUUUGACCCCAUGGAAAUCUACAGCGAUGAGUACUACGAUGAACUGAAGAAUAUUCCGGAUCCCAAAGGUGAGCCUAUGACAUUUCUACAAGAUUUCCUACAGGUUCUCAAAGAAUUUGGACCCUGGUGUGCCGAUCGGGCUGCCCUUGCACUUCUCAUUCAGAUUGAAAAGAGUAAAGUAAAAACGCCAUAUGAAAGACAUUUUCUCCUCCUCUGUAUGACUUCCACAACUUUUGUCCAUGUCCGUGCCUACUGUGAUAGCUAUUUCAGUCAAUUAUCCAGUGAAAAGGAACGCAUAGUUCGGUAUUCCUCACCCAAAGUCCUUCGGUUGCUCAGUAUUUUGGAGCAUUUUAAGCCAGAUCCUAAGCAAUUGGGCAAAUCAGGGCAAACUCCGGGGGCGCCAAUUGAAAAUGGGGAAAGUUUAGGGGGUUCAAAGAAUUUUCCCACUGCUAAUAUCCUCUCGGAAAUUGAUAAUUUGGACUUUAAGGGACUCUCCCUGUCCAGUGAGCAAAUAGAGGAGCAUGUAAAUGGCAUGGUGGAAAUGCAGGAAUCGUCAAAGUUGAAGGAUACCCUGAGAAAUAUCACAGAGAAAACCCUCGAUGUUCUUCCAAAUACCACAAAUUCACCAAUGAGAAGUGAAGGUAGAGUACCUAGAAUGCGAAGGAGGAAUCUAAUGUCUCACAAUCGUCAGAAUCGAGGUGCAAAUGCCCAAUCUUUAGAUCCAGAUGCUCUCUGUGGUCUUAUAUUCUGCAACACAGAAUUCACUGCUAAAGUUCUAUUUUCCCUGUUGUAUGAAGUGUCCAAGUUCGAUGGAGAUCUCAAUUAUCUGUCAGUGCAGUAUAUUGUAGACAAGGUGGCUGAUCCCAUGAAGGAGGUAAAGCAAGCUGAGAAUGAACAUAGGAAGCAGGAAGAGGUACUAAAACGUUUUCGUAUGCACGAAUGUAAUCUUCUCAUUGGAACAUCAAUCCUAGAGAAGGAGAUUGAUUUGCCAAAAUGCAAUUUAGUUAUACGCUGGAAUCCACCAAAGACGUAUCGAAGUUAUGUUCAAUGCAAAGGACGAGCUCGAGCAUUAAAUGCUCAUCACAUAAUUAUGAUUGGAGCUGAUGUCAAACCCCAAGAAAUCCCCAAUAAUUCUGAUGCUCCACCAGAAACUGAUGUAAUUCCUCCUAAGGAGGAUCACCUCGAAGAGAUGAAAGUCAAUACGGAUAAAAUAGUAAAACAAUUUGCAGAAUAUGUAGAAAUAGAAAAAAUUCUCCUGCACAGUUGUGCCAAUAGUGAACCAGAUCCAAGUGAACUUGCCCUUGCGGAUAAAUACACCCAAUGCAUUGUGCCCUAUAAACCCCUGGCAGCUUUUGAUGCCCCAUUCGUCAAUCUAGCGACAGCUGUUGCCCUUGUUAACAAAUACUGUGCCAAAUUACCCAGUGACACAUUUACCAAACUCACCCCCAUUUGGCGCUAUGAGAAGACCUUCCGAAAGGGCAUACCACUCUACAAGUGCUCCCUGAGACUACCAAUCAAUUCACCCCUCAAGUGUGACAUCAACGGAUACCUCAUGCCAUCGCGAACACUCGCACGACGCCUAACAGCCCUCAUAGCGUGUCGUUUGCUCCACAUGUGUGGCGAACUCGAUGACAAUCUCCAGCCCAUUGGGAAGGAGGGCUAUCGAGCUUUUGAACCCGACUGGGAGAACUUUGAGCUUGAGUCAACCGAUGAGAUGUUGAUUAAUGACAACUUGGAACCCCGACCCGGUACAACGAAACGUCGACAGUAUUACUACAAAAGGGUGGCCUCUGCACUCUCUGGCUGUCGUCCGACAGCUAAUGAAAAGUGUUACUUCUACUACAUUCAGAUGAUCCUAAAGUGUCCCAUUCCCGAGGAACAAAAUACACGAGGGCGUAAAAUAUAUCCACCUGAGGAAUCAUUGCAGGGAUUUGGGAUAUUGACUUUGAAGAAAAUCCCCCAAAUCAGUGCUUUUCCCAUUUUUACACGAUCUGGAGAAGUAGAGGUCUCCCUUAAACUUGUGUCUGAGGAUAUUGUGCUCAGUGAGAAUAAUUUAGUGCAUAUAAAUACUUUUAUCAACUACACAUUUACCAAUGUGCUGAGAUUGCAAAAGUAUCUGAUGCUAUUUGAUGCUGAUGCCAAUGAAAAUUGUUACUUUGUGGUGCCGACGGUUAAAUUAAAUGAUGAGGAGGGUAUUGGUGUAGAUUGGGAUUUUUUGCGGUUAAUCAGUGAAAAUGCCGAUGUAUUGCCACAGACGGUGUCUGAAGAGGAGAGAGCCAGUCAAGCAUUUGAUGCUAAUAAAUUCAAAGAUGCCGUGGUAAUGCCAUGGUAUAGGAAUCAGGAUCAACCACAGUAUUUCUAUGUGGCUGAAAUAUGUUUUCAUUUAUCGCCAGAAAGUAGCUUUCCCGGUGAGAAUUACAGUACAUUCCGUGAAUACUAUUUUCGCAAAUAUGGCAUUGAAGUCCAGAAUUGCAAACAGCCUCUUCUGGAUGUUGAUCAUACCAGUGCACGACUGAAUUUUCUCACACCACGCUACGUGAACAGGAAGGGUGUGGCACUGCCGACAAGUUCAGAGGAGACAAAACGCGCCAAGCGAGAGAAUUUGGAACAGAAGCAGAUUCUAGUGCCAGAACUCUGUACAAUUCAUCCAUUUUCGGCUUCACUGUGGCGUGCAGCUGUUUGUCUACCCUGUAUCCUGUACAGGUUCAAUGCCCUCCUGCUGGCCGAUGAGAUCCGACGGCAAGUGUCACAGGAUCUGGGAUUGGGCAGAGUAGCCAAUGAAGAAGAUUUUGAGUGGCCAUCAUUGGACUUUGGAUGGAGUUUGGCGGAAGUUUUGCGAAAAUCUCGUGAAGCUGCCCGAAAGGAUUCCAUACACAGUGCUAGGGAGGAUGAGGUUCACAGGGAAAAAUGUCCAGAGGAAAAGGUGAAGAAACAGAUGGGAAAGUUGACUAAGAAAUUCAAUGGACUGACUGAGGAUGAAGAUGAGGCAAAGGAUGAGGAUGAAGAUAAUGAAUUCGACGAUGAUGUUCUGGAAAUUGGAACAUGGUCCAAUGAUAUGGCCAAUGAUGUUCAGAUAAGUUUCGAUGGACUCCCUGAUGAUCACUGGACUAUACAGAAUCCCAAUCAAAUUCGCUAUGGAUCACCAACAUCGUGGAAUGCAACACAGACGGGAAGUGUCUUUGAUCCCACAUUUUACGACACAGAUUCCGAUGAUUCUCUCCAAUCUGAUCCGGAUGAUGCUGAGAGUGUCAAGAGUGAGGGAAAGAUGCGAAUUGAAUUCAAAUCGGAUAAUUUAGCUGAAGCCAUUGAAACGGAAGAGGAAAUACUGAAGCGUCAAAAGAAAUUGGCAAUAAUCAAUGAUAUGAUUAUCGAAGGACAAUCAACAGAUAACAGUGAGAAUGACUACAAUAAUCUCCAAAGUCUCCCGGAAAUCACUCUUACAUCCUCAAUGGAGGAAUGUGAGAAACAAUUUGAGGAAUCUGUGGCAGAAAAUAUUCAGAGAAUUGAACAGUCUGGAAUGUUGAUAAAGUACAAUGAGGAAGUGUCUAUUGUGAAAAAGACUGAUUCCAUGAAGGUAAACUCAUCAUUGUCUCAAGAUAUCCUCAGAGAAUUCCUUCCAUAUGCUCAGGAAGAUGAUUUUGAGAGAUUUUACAAGAAAGGUGGUCUAACUCUUGAGGAACUACAAUCUGUAAAUGGGGAAUUUGUGACCAAAAAUGGUGUUGAUGAGAUGAAAUGUCUCAAUUCUGGUCAUCUCUUUGACAGAUUCAUCAAUACUCCUGGAAGUAUGUCCGAAGAUACUUUCAUUGAGCAUCGACGGAAGAAACUCCAACAGAAUCUAUCCAUAACAGCAGAGGAAAUGAUGAGGAAGUACGAUGAAAGGCCCAUCGAAAAACCAGAAUCCUUCAGUUUUGACUACCAACCCAAUCUCAAGGGACAUCCAGGACCAAGUCCAAGUAUUAUUCUUCAAGCUCUAACCAUGUCCAAUGCCAAUGAUGGGAUAAAUCUUGAGCGAUUGGAAACUAUUGGAGAUUCCUUUCUCAAGUACGCCAUUACAACCUAUCUCUACUGUACGUAUGAGGAUGUUCAUGAAGGCAAGCUAAGUCAUUUGCGGUCCAAGCAGGUGUCCAACCUCAAUCUCUAUCGACUGGGAAGGAGGAAGAUGCUGGGUGAAAGUAUGAUCUCAACAAAAUUUGAACCACACGACAACUGGCUCCCGCCAUGCUACUACAUUCCCAAGGAACUCGAAAAAGCCCUAAUUGAAGCUCGUAUCCCAGCUUGUCACUGGAACCUAGCUGAUCUACCUAACCUCAAAGAAAUGUCCAGUCAGGAGAUAUGCAACCUAAUCCGGGAUCGAGCAACAGCCUUAGGACUUGUAGAGAGAGAUGAAAAAGAAGAUGUCGAGGUGGAUACCAAUCUCAAUUUUGACAAUUUCCCCUGUUUCAUCCCCUACAAUCUCGUAACGCAGCACAGCAUCCCGGAUAAAUCCGUGGCAGAUUGCGUAGAAGCCCUAAUAGGGGCAUAUUUAAUUGAAUGCGGUCCCAGAGGUGCUUUGUUGUUUAUGGCCUGGGUGGGAAUAAGAGUUUUGCCAUGCUUCGAAAUUCCCUAUCCUGAAAAUUUACAACGCCUACCCGGAACAUCGGAUCUUCGAGAGCUCAGCAGCAAAGCUACCAGAACAGUUUAUGGUUGGUGGACUUCACCGAAAUCUCCACUUCUGCAUCACUAUCCCGAACCUGAGAGGAUGCUCAAAGAGCUCCUUGACGGAUUUGAUAAGUUUGAGGAGACAAUUGGAUAUGAAUUCCGGGAUAAAUCGUAUCUACUACAAGCCAUGACCCAUGCUUCGUACUCUCCAAAUCGCCUAACUGACUGCUAUCAGCGUUUGGAAUUUUUAGGGGAUGCUGUUCUAGACUAUCUCAUCACGAGGCACCUAUACGAAGAUCCAAGGCAACACUCACCAGGAGCCCUCACGGAUUUGAGAUCUGCUUUGGUUAAUAACACAAUUUUUGCGUCUCUGGCAGUUAGGCAUGGAUUUCACAAGUACUUUAGGCAUCUUUCUCCCGGGCUCAAUGAAGUCAUCGAUCGUUUUGUGAGAUUUCAACAUGAGAAUGGCCACAGUAUCAGUGAAGAGUAUUAUUUGAUCUCCGAGGACGAAUGUGACGAAGCUGAAGAUGUUGAAGUGCCAAAGGCUCUUGGAGAUGUAUUUGAAUCUGUCGCUGGUGCAAUAUUUCUUGAUUCAGGAAUGUCUUUAGAUGCUGUGUGGAUGGUGUAUAGCAAUAUGAUGCGCCCAGAAAUUGAACAAUUCAGCAAUUCUGUGCCAAAGUCACCAAUAAGAGAGCUGUUGGAAUUGGAGCCAGAAACAGCUAAAUUCAGCAAACCAGAAAAACUUGCCGAUGGCCGAAGGGUACGAGUGAUGGUCGAGGUGUUCGGGAAGGGUACUUUCCGGGGAAUUGGCCGAAACUAUCGAAUUGCCAAGUGCACAGCAGCAAAGUGUGCCCUGCGGCAGCUCAAGAAGCAAGGUCUCAUUGGGAAGAAACACUAAACAUGUCCACGUUUUUAAAAAAAAAAAAUAUUUCUACGUAUUAAGCAAUAAUAAAACAUAAAUUGUGCAUUCUAA